AGCUGAAAUUUGACAGUUGACAUAAUCAAAAACACGAACAAAACUGGAUUUGCGUGCGGUUUUGCCUUUUCGCGGAAUAAUUAUCUGAUCUUCAGCUGUGUUAAGCAGCAAUUAUAUAUUACACCCAUAUUAUGACAGUAAUUGGAAAGACAAGGUGAGUUGUUAAAACCCUAAAAAGUUGAAACACUGAUCGAAGCCAAAGAGAAACAUCAAGCUAAAUGAUCUCGGAGCUAAACAUAAGAAUGAAAUUUCAUAAAUAAAUAACAGCUUGCAGUAUUUUGCUACGCUGUAUAGAAAGCAGUAGUACAUAAUGUCCAGCAAUUCCCUAUUGUUUUCUAUUAACAACGAGGGCAAGGUUUACGCCUUGUCAACAAGUGGGUCAUGUUGGCGAGAAUUCAUGUAUUUGGGUUUAGAAUUUAAGACUUUGUCAGCUGUACCACAUUUCCUGUGGGCUGUCGGAGGUGACCGACAAAUCUAUCUGCAUGUUCACGGCUUAGAAAUACCUAUACGAGUCAAAGAGGAAUCCUAUGAAAAUGAAAGAUGGUUACCUUUAGAGGGAUUUAGUGGUAGACUGCUUCCCACAGACAGAUAUCAUUUCUCAUCUCAAGAUGGUACAAAAGAUAGAUCCAUUGAUCGCAUUAGACUACCAUCUAUGGCCUGGCAGUGGGAAGGUGAUUGGCAACUGGAAUUAACACUAGAUGGUCAACCUUUGGAUCAUGAUGGCUGGACUUAUGCAGUUGAUUUUCCAGCACAAUUUGGCCCCUCAAAACAGUGGAAGUCAUGUGUGAGGAGAAGAAAAUGGAUAAGGUACAGAAAAUUCAGUGCUAUGAAUUCAUGGUGUGCAAUUGCUCCGCUACACAAAGAUCCAACACAAGAACCUUUCAUAGACGUCAGCAUUGGGGGCAACCAAAUUCCAUAUGCUUCCCCUGGAACAUUAUCAGUCUGGGCUAUAACUGCUCAUGGACGUGUAAUGUACAGAGCUGGUGUUAGUACUACUUCUCCUGAAGGAUUAAAAUGGAUUAACAUUAGCAUUCCACCAAACUGUGAUAUUAAACAGAUUUCUGUUGGGCCUACAGGCUUAGUAUGGGCUCUGUUGUGGACUGGUAGAGCUAUUAUUAGAAAGGGUAUAACUAAAGACUGUCCAACUGGUGAAGGGUGGAUGGAAGUCAAGUCUCCCAAUGACACUAAACUUGUGUCACUUUCAGUUGGUUACAAUGCUAUUUGGGCUGUGAGUUCUGAUACAAGAGUGUGGUUCAGAAAAGGUAUUGAUGGAAAUUCAGCUGGGACCUCUGAAGGAGCAGCUAUGGGCAGUGGAUGGUUAGAAAUCACAGGACAUAUGAGUUAUAUUUCAGUGGGCAUCAACGAUCAAGUAUUCGCUAUUGGAGAUACAGAUAAAUGUAUUUAUUGGCGAAGUGGUAUCACCCCUGCUGAACAAACUGGUAAAAGAUGGAGAAUGGUUCAAGCAAAUAUGCAACUAAGCCGUACAUCCAGCUCAGCAAGUGUUGUGUCUUCAACAUCAAAUGCCAAACAUCAUAGUCUUAACAUGCUCAAUGAAACAACAACAGAACUCAAGUCUAAUAUAAAUCUGCACAAUUCCUGGGAAGAAUCACACUCUGCUCCAAUUGAACAUACACUACCCAUAAAACCAAAAGAAGCUCGACAAAAACGGAAUGAACAAGUUGAAAAUAUUGAUUAUACAGGAAAAAGUUAUGAAACAACAUUAAAAAACCCAAGAGCCUGGAGUCCAGUAAGAAGUGUGGGCUCUGUUGUAGGUAUGGAAGCUCAGCCUGACAGUGACAGUAGUGUCUUUGAUGUUGACUCUGGAAUGUUUUUUGAUGAUGAGAUCAGCCAGACUGCUUGGGGCACUUGUGAAACAACUUGGGCAUUUGUAGAAGCUGGGGCUUGUUCAGUAGAUGUGAUGCAGGUGCCUCAUUGGUUCACAGACUCACAUAAUGCUUUUAAUAUGGAUCUCACCUCUAAAUGGCGCAUUCAAAUUCUGGAAAAUCUUAAAACCAGAAACAACAAUGCAACCCUGGAUCUGUCUAAUUAUGGCGUAGCCGUGGAAGAAAAAGGUUGGACACGAAGCUGUGAGUCAAGACUUAUUAAUGCCAAUCACUCUAGUGAGGAUUGUAUAUUAUCUCUGUAUUGGCAUGACUUAGAAAAUAUAGGAACUCUAUCUGUUUUUCAACCAGAUGGUACAAUCAAAUUUAUUCUUAAUCUGGGUGAAGUAACCAGUGUUAUAACAUCAUCAGAACCUGGAAGCCCUAGAAUAACUCUGUCUGUUCCACGUCAAAAUAAGAAUCCUAUUAAAGUUCAAUUUAUAUCAGAAAUGGAACAAGAGGAAUGGUUUAAUGUUUUAGUUGAUAUUACAUCACAGAUCAAUGGGGUUACUGGUAAACCAUCUGCUAAUUCAGUAUGGGCAAUCUCUAGUUCUGGAGAUAUACUAAACUGGGACCCAAUGCCAGCAAAAUUGAAUACUGCAAAUAAUGGCAAGUAUGUUAAGGAAUUUCAGGUCUUUGGAAAAGACAUUGUAUCUGGUUUCACAACACCUUUGCAUAACAACUUUCCACCAGGCAGCACACUCAAGAUUACAGGUUGUUUACAUGAUGAAAUCAACAGAUUUCAUAUUAACUUAGAAGGUCCAGAAAUAAAAAAACAGAGACACAAAAUUGAAACUGAAGUAACUGAAAUACCUUUGCACUUUAAUAUGAGAUUUGAAGAAAGAACUGUGGUGUGCAAUUCAAAAAUAUUUGGCAGUUGGGGAGUAGAAGAAAGACAUGACCUACCAUUGUCUCCUGGACAAGAGUUUAGCAUAACAAUAAUUUGUGAUCUCAAUGCUUAUAAAAUUCUGGUUAAUGAUAAACUUUAUUGCUUCUUUGAGCACAGACUUAGUCCUAAAACUGUAACAUCAGUAACCAUAAAGGGACCAUUGAAGCUUUUUUCAAUGGAAUAUUCAACAACCAAUGCUAUUAUUGGAUCUGAAGAGAUGUAUUGGAGAAUAAUAGGAGGCUAUUUACGAAGAGUGGAGUCUUGCCAAAAUGGUAUAGUUUGGGGAAUAUCUCAUGAUCAUAGAGUAUGGGUUUACACAGGAGGAUGGGGAGGAGGUAUUCUUAAGGGCAUAGGCAGCAAAGAAGGCAUUAAUUCCAUGACAGAUACCCAAACUUACUGUGUAUAUGAAAACCAGAGAUGGAAUCCACUAUCUGGGUAUACCUCAACUGGAUUGCCUACUGAUCGUUAUAUGUGGAGUGAUGUGACUGGUAAACACAAAAGAACUCGAGAACACACUAAACUGCUAAAUCGCCAUUGGCACUGGAUAUCCGAAUGGAUGAUAGACUACAAUACGCCUGGUGGUGUUGACUCCGAUGGAUGGCAGUAUGCAACUGAUUUCCCAGCGCCAUAUCACGGUAAAAAAAUAUUCACGGAUUGCGUCCGUCGCCGGAGGUGGUAUAGAAAAGCUCAAAUUAUUACGGAAGGUCCUUGGAUACGUGCUGGAAGUACUGCAUUGCUGGACAUUUCUAUUUGGGCCGACGGCGACGAGGCGUCAGUCUGGGCGAUAACUCUAGCAGGUGACGCUAUUUAUCGAACUGGAGUUACAGUUGCAGCACCCACGGGUAUGCAUUGGGAACACGUUAACAAUCCACAAUCACUAAUAGCUAUUAGCACUUGCAAUAAUAUAGUUUGGGUAGUUGGUCGAAAAGGGGAGCUUUAUUACAGAGAAGACAUAACUAAAGAGAAUCCAUCUGGAAGUAAUUGGAAAUUAAUAGAAACACCCAAAUGCAGCUACCCUUAUAACCACAAAAGUGGCGCGGGCGCCAAAGCCGUAUCGUUGACCAAGACAGCGGCGUGGGUAUUACUUGCAAAUGGUGCAAUUGCUGUUAGAACAGACAUUUCUAAAACUCGUCUGGAUGGCAAAGAAUGGAAGCAUUUAACAGAAUGCGACUUGACUUUCAAACACGUGUCGGCUGAAGAGCAUGAAGUGUGGGCAGUCACUACUGAUGGAGUUCUACACCGUCGUCUGGGCAUAACCGCAGAUAAUGUUGUUGGAUCAGUUUGGCAACCAGUUUUAUCAGGCAGCUUAGUUCACGUGUCCGCUAGGGGAGGUUGCUUGCUGUAAAGUCAUCAACUAUUAUUUUACCUCUUUGACACACGAACCAAUUUUUGUCGCAAGAAACACAAAUAUUUAAAUAUAAGCUACGUGUCCAUCAAAUUAUCGAGUGUUAAUGUCGUGUCGUACGAAUUUACUCCUCUCUCAGUAACGUUGGCAGAGGAUAUUAUGAAUAAGAAUUACCAACGCGAAGUAAUACAAGUAGAAAUGUAUUGUAGUCUUUAAUAUAACGUAAAAGGCUAGCAAGUUUGAGAUGGGUGAACUAUGCGCGUAUUCUUGUAAAGAUUUGAUGCUUCCACUUAGAGCUAGUAUGAAUAGACCCUCUUACUUAUCUCGAAAUUCACUCGAUCUCUCCCUUUCAUGUAGCUAGGUCACAUAGAUAAGACUAUUUUUAUCGAUGAUGCAUUGUUUCAGCGAAACAUGCUGUCUGUGAAUAAUGGUAUCGGCCGAAUCUGGCGAACCUUACUUUAAUCCCAGUGAUAUUUUCCAGUCUUAACUCCACCACUAAGGUGUCUAUUAAACUUUCAUCGUAAUUUUUGUUCGUGUAAGAUAGUAAGUUAGCAUUGUAAACUAAAGGUGGUUAACAUUGAUACUCUCCUAACCCAUGUUAUUACACUUUAUCUCUGAGCUACAGAGCUAUUCUGGUAAAUUUUAAGUUACAAUCGAUUGCAUUUAUAUUUACAUAAUUAUAUAAACCACUUAUAUAGGUAAGCGAUAAAUUUUAAUAAUAGUACCGCAACAAAAUGGUGAAUGACGAAUCGUUAUAACCCGUAACAUUGAUAAACCACAUAGAAACCUUUCUUCAUAAUUUAGUGGCAUUUUAGACAGACUAGCAACGUAACCGUAUUUAUUCACAACAUUAUAAAAUGAUCGAUGGAGUGUGUUGGGGCCUGUGCCAAUACUGAGACCCCACAUUGCAAAUAGGUAGGUACUGUAAACGCCCUCGCUGCUACCUAGAUUCCCCGCUACCCGCAGACCAUCGGAGUCUAUCGAUUUCGCCAAACUGUAGUAUCAAUUUUGAAAAGUGGCAGCUUGACAACUACAAACUGGAAUGCAUAGUUUUAGCACACCAAUACGAUGCCUCCGGAAUCAUAAUCGUUUCCACGGCGUCAACGGAAAUAUUACACAAAUCUAAGGCAAUGGUAAUUCGUCAUGUUUUCUAUUAGAAGUACAUUUCUUAUUUGAAUGUUACAGGUAUUGUUUUAGACUCAAUAAUUUAGGAAAUAGACUGAGGCUUUUUUGAUAAUUUUUAAUGUUAGCAACAUUCCAAAUUUAUGUAUCUUGAUUAUGGUAUUAAGUGUUAUGUAACUUAUUAAGUAAAAAGAUAUUUUAUUCUAGUCAUUGUAUUAAAACGUAUGUAAAUCAAAUAUACCAAAAAUAAAGCUUGCGCUUAAAAUACAGAGGUACAUAUUAUGAAUAAAUCAAAAUGCUAUGUAA